AUGUACUGCGAACUGAACAGUUUUGUGAUAUUAGGUUUAAAUCUCAGAGAAGGAGACAUCGUGAUGCCUAAGCAAAAGAGCGCCAUUCUUGGGAACCGGUGGGAUAUUUCCGUCCCCUAUGAGCUGAGUGUGAAUCUCAGUGUGAACUAUAAAGGAGUCAUUUGGAGAGCCUUUGAGCAGUUCAGACUGAAAUCAUGUAUUGACUUUAAGCCCAGAGCAGCAGAAGACAUUUCAUAUAUCUCUCUGGAGAGUCGUGACGGGUGUUGGUCAUAUGUCGGUCGUACAUUUGCUGGAGCUCAGGCUCUUUCCAUUGGAGAUGGUUGUGGAACAAAAGCCAUUGUUGAGCAUGAGUUUCUCCAUGCACUGGGAUUUUGGCAUGAGCAAUCAAGAUAUGAUAGAGAUGAUUAUUUGACCAUUAACUUUGAAAACAUCAUUACAGGUCAGGAGCACAAUUUCAAUAAAUACAGUGAGAACCAGACCACCACCCAAGACACCCAAUAUGACUACUACUCUGUGAUGCAUUAUGAUAAAAAUGCCUUCAGCAACGGUAAUGGAUCCACAAUCAUUACCAAGCGUCCUGAGUUCCAAGAUGUGAUUGGUCAACGCCUGGACUUGAGUGAAUAUGAUGUGAUUGAACUCAACAAACUCUAUAAAUGCAAUUCGUCCAUCUCUUUCCUUGAUCACUGUAGUUUUGAUGAUGAAUCUCUGUGUCAGAUGAGUGUCUGUUCUGCUGGUGAUUAUGGCUGGCAGAGAAUGAAGUCAGUGAGUGGCAUCAAUGUGACUGACCACACAUACUUGGGCAAAGAACAAAAUGGGACGUCUUUCUUCAUGCACUUCAGCACUGAGGGCAGGAAUGAGGGAGAUGCAGCCAAAAUGGAAAGCAAGACAAUGACCCCUAAAAGAGACUGCAAAGUCCAGUGCCUGCAGUUCUACUACUAUCACAGUGGCCAUGAGUCUGACCAGCUAAACAUCUGGAUCCGAGAAUAUCAGAAUGAAGCAGACAGCAGAGGAACUCUCAGACUUAUGGAUCAGAUAACAGUCCGUAAAGGAGCUGGAAACUCCAGUGGAGGAUUUUCACUGGAUGAUAUCAAUAUUUCAGAGACUGAGUGUCCCCACACAUGGCAGAUAAGAGACUUUGAGAAGGUUUUGAACAACAGUGUGUUUGACACUUGGAUGUACAGUCCGCUGUAUUACUCCAGUGAUGGUUAUCGCUUUCAGGCUGAUGUCAGUGUUUGGGACAAUCCUCAAAAUACUGGAACUCAAGUCGUCAUUGGCAAUGAGACCGUAUAUGUGGGUAUUUUUUGGGGCUAUAAAUAUGCCAUAAUGAAAGAGGAUCUCACUAGAAGAGAGUUUAUCAAGGGUGGUGACAUCAUAUUUCUCUUCACCAUGCAAGAUAAGGCUCUCACUCUGGAACUCCAAAUCGAAGAAGCUACACGGUGUGCAGCUAAAAUAGCAGAGACUAAUGCAGCUAAAACUGAUGUCACCUCUGUACCUGCAAAUACAGUCAUGGAUGAGGAGCUCCAGCCUGCAGGUGCAAUCAUCCAGCAAACACAGCCAAGUCAACAAAGACGGAGAUGUGGCAACUGUGGCUCCAUUCGUCAUGCCAACAGGUCCCCAGAUUGCCCAGCUAUCGGCCAAAAGUGUAGACAUGGUGUUAAGCUCAACCAAGGUUGCAAGGUGGUGCAGAUCAAAGUCCAGUUCGCAGCCUUCACCAGCAGUAAUUCAUACAGUUGGUCCUCACUCAGUCACUUUCUCCACAUGUGGUGUGCAGCUGAAAGACUGUUGCAUUUCGCUGCUUCUUGGCACAGGAGCUAA